AUGAGGGAGUUCAAGGGCCAAGAAAAUGGCCGGUUCGUCCAGGUCCCUCCGAGCGACUUGCACCGGCAUCUCGGCGACCUCCUGCAGAGCGCGGAUGGAACGGACGUGACCUUUCAAGUCGACGGCAAGACCUUCUCAGCCCAUCAGUCUGUGCUCGCUGCUCGGUCGCCUGUGUUUAAGGCACAGCUCUUCGGCCCCAUGAAGGAUAGUUCUGAUGAUCUGAUUAUGGUUGAUGACAUGGAAGCCGACGUGUUCGGAUCCUUGCUCCAUUUCAUAUACACCGACUCGCUCCCGCAGAUGAGUCGUGAGGGAGACAAUGAAGGUGUGGCAGCCAGUCAUCUCCUGGUAGCGGCGGAUAGGUACGACGUUCAAAGGCUUAAGCUAAUCUGUGAGGAGAAACUGUGCAGCCACAUUGACACGGACACGGUGGCGACCAGUUUGGUUUUGGCUGAGCAACAUAGCUGCCAUGGGCUCAAGGAAGCAUGUCUACAGUUCCUCGUUUCUCCGUCCAGUUUGGAGGGGAUGAAAGUAAGCGAUGCCUACGUGCAUCUCAAAAGCAGUUGCCCAUCUGUUCUCAAGGAGCUGAUUGCUAGACUCCUGCCUGCUGAAUUGAAAGCGGCCAAGGAUAUUGUCAUGGCAAUUUAG